AUGUCUUCCUCAGCAGACCGCGAAAAGGCCAAAAAAGCCGCCGCCGAAAAAGAAAAAGAAAAGAAGGAAAAGAAGAAAGCCGAAGAAGAGCUCAAAGCCGCACGCAAAAAGUACAUGGAAAAGGCCAACCCCAAGACGGUGGACCAGUUGUUGGGUGGGAAGGAUUUAGAGAAGGAUUAUUUCAAGGAAGGGGAGUGGAGGCCGAGUUGGGCAUAUGUUGAGUUUAAUGGGGAUGCCUGCUUGGCGAAUGUGUUGGAGAAGAAAGUUGAAGGGUUCUAUGUCCCGGCAGGGACGAUUCUCCCCCUGGGCGCACAAAUGGCCGGAAUGACUGUCGUCAAAUACGGAGGAUACUUUCCUGAAGGGACGUCGUUCCCCGGCGGGGUGAUGGUGCCGAUGCAUGCUCGUAUGGUCAAUGUCAGUUUUAUUUCGAGCUUGGGUGGCACUAGAAGCUGA